AUGUCGGAACUAAAUGCCACACAAAUGGCACGUCGUCGUUUUUUAACGAUGGCCAUCGCCUCACAGCUAGAGGAAACAGGAUUUACCUCUGCUGACAAGGAUGCACUAGAAACGCUCACCGAAAUGAUGCAAAGCUUUUUAAUUGAACUGGGACAUUCAGCCCGGAACUAUUGCGAACUAGCUGGUCGAACGCAACCUGUGAUUGGAGAUGUGGUGGUGGCCUUAAUCAAUAUGGGUAUUUCUAUUCGUGGUCUAGACACAUUCGCGAAACGGGAAGGACGGCAUGUGCUUCCACAGCCCCAGCAAGCGCAAGCCCAGAAACAACAAUCGAUAUUGCAGGCCGGCCAGAAAAUUUCUCACCCAUCGCACAUUCCAAAUCAUAUGCCAGCAUUUCCUGAUCCACAUGCAUACAUUCGGACACCGACUCAUAAACAACCAGUAACGGAAUACGAAGUGAUUCGAGAAAAGGCUGCUCAGCAACAGCGGGAUGUGGAGAAAGCGCUGACUAAGUUUCUCGCAAAAACAAGCGAAUUCGAUAGUUUGUUCGACAACGAGGAAAAUCCUAUGUUUCCUCUGAUUGCCUGCAAGCCUUCGUUUCCUCCGUACCUGCAAGCGCUGAAUCCCAGCGAUCAGAUAUUCGAUUUUGAGGAGCUUGAAUAUUACUACUUGGUAGCGAACCGAAAGGAAGACAUCACGGAAACUAAGGAAGAACCCGAUGCUGGAGACGAUGACGACGACGAAGAUGGAGAAGUUCCGAAGAAAGACGAGAAACAAGACAUUGAAGAAAUGUCAUCCCCACCCGUAGGAAAAAAUGAUGCCAUGGUUACGACUCCCAUCGAUAAUCCGUAUCUGCGGGCGGCAACAAUUCCACGUAAAGUUAAAAAUGAUUCAUCACGCUAA